AUGCCCGCCAGAAGUCUUCGGGUCCUCAUCAGCGGCGGAGGCAUCGCCGGCAACGCCGUCGCCUUCUGGCUUGCAAAACAGGGCCACGAUGUCACUGUCGUGGAGCGGUUCCCCAACCUGCGCGCCACCGGCCUUCAACUCGACCUCCGCGGGCCCGGCAUCGAAGUCCUCAGGCGCAUGGGGCUCGAAGAAGCGUUUCAGGCCAAAGCAGCCCCCGAGCAAGGCAUGCAGUGGGUCGAUAGCAAGGGCAGACGGCGCGCAUACUUCCCGGUGAACACAUCGGGUACCGGGCGCCAGAGCUUCAGCUCCGAGUUCGAGAUCAUGCGGGGUGAUCUCUGCCGCCUCCUUUACGGCGCGGCCAGGUCAUGCAAGAGUGCCCCGCAAUACGUCUUUGGGACGUCGGUCGAGAGCCUUGAUCAGAGGAACGACGCCGUCGACGUGCGCUUCGAAAACGGGAAGACGGACCGCUACGACCUCGUUGUCGGCGCCGAUGGCCAGUGGUCCCGAACGCGUAAGAUGCUGCUCGGUCCCGGCGCUCCAGACGGGCUGCAGCGCCUUCCGGGCCUAUACUUCGCAUAUUUCACCAUGCGGAAACCCAUCAAGGAGGGAGAGGAGUAUAUUGCCACCUCGUACAUGGCCCCCGGAAGGAGGGGCAUGUUGACGCGGAGACACAGUCCGGACGAGGUGCAGGUCAUGCUCUCGUGCAAGACAGAUGCAAGUCGGCUGGAGAACGUGCCUCGCGGCGACGCCAAACAGGAAAAGGAGGUCCUGGCGGAGGUCUUCAAAGGCGCGGGCUGGCAGACGGAUGACAUUUUGAAAGGAAUGCACGCAGCCGACGACUUUUACUGCGAGCGCGUCGGCCUCGUCAAGCUACAAUCCUGGUCGUCUGGCCGCGUCGCCUUGGUCGGGGAUGCUGCGUACUGCCCGACUGUACUGACAGGCAUGGGCACUACGUGCGCCAUGGUUGGGGCUUACAUCUUGGCCGGCGAGAUCGGAAGGCAUUGUGGGCAAAAAGGCAGCGGUGACGUGGCAGCUGCCCUCAAGAGCUACGAGCAAAAAUUUCGUCCGUUCAUGGAGGCGAUGCAGGAGGGGAUCCUCGAAAAAGCCGAGAGUCAAUGGGCCAUGGGCGGCUCAGCGUUUGGCAUUCGCGUCCUCAAUUGCAUCAUGGGCCUUCUCUCGUUCUUCAAGGUCAACGUCGCAGACGUUUUCGGCAUUCGCGAGACGGUCAAGGGCUGGCAACUCCCCGACUAUAAGGAGAUGGCCAAAACGGAGGCUUGA